AUGCCAAUAGACCGCGAUGAAGUGGCCCGAAAGUUGGCCCAGAUUCCCGUUGAAGAGCAUCUUGUUGUUCGACGCACAGCGAUCGCCGCUGGCAUCACGCGUCACUUAGUAACUGCCAUGCUCAAGGAAGGCCGCUUGCACCGCAGUUUGACCCGAUUCAAGCCUGCCCUAACAGCCCAAAAAAAGCACAUGAGGGUGGAGCACGUUCUCAGCUAUAUCGACGACGAGAGCCAUGAAUUCGAAAGCAUGGAGAAUGUCGUUCAUAUAGAUGAGAAAUGGUUCAACCAAGAUACAAACAAGCGCACGUUCAUGCUUCUUGAUGAAGAAUUGCCUCCGCAACGGAACCGCAAGAGCAAGAACUUCAUCCGAAGACCAUGUUUCUCGCUGCCGUGGCGAGACCGAGAUACGACUUCCAUCGCAAGUGCAGAUGGAACGGCAAGAUCGGCAUCUGGGCAUUAA